AUGGGGGACAACACCAGCCCCAUCAGCGUGAUUCUGGUGAGCUCGGGAAGCAGGGGCAAUAAGCUGCUGUUCAGAUACCCCUUCCAGAGAAGUCAGGAGCACCCGGCGUCCCAGACAAAUAAGCCACAUAGCAGAUACGCUGUUAACAGCACAAGUGACCACACUGAGGACCAGGAUGGAGACUCCAGGUUUUCAGAUGUUAUUCUGGCAACAAUUUUGGCAACCAAGUCUGAGAUGUGUGGUCAGAAAUUUGAACUGAAGAUCGAUAAUGUGCGGUUUGUUGGGCACCCAACACUCCUGCAACAUGCUCUGGGGCAGGCCAACGCGGACCCAUCGGUCAUCAGCUGCCUACACACCCUAUCACGGCGCAUCGCAGUGGUGCUGCAGCAUGAGGAACGGCGCUGCCAGUAUCUGAGCCGCGAGGCCAAGCUGAUCCUGGCGCUGCAGGACGAGGUCUCCGCCAUGUCUGACGCAAAUGAAGGUCCUCAGUCCCCGUUCCAUCACAUCCUGCCCAAGUGCAAGCUGGCCAGGGACCUCAAAGAGGCCUAUGACAGUCUCUGCUCCUCGGGCGUGGUACAACUCCACAUAAACAACUGGCUGGAGGUGAGCUUCUGUUUGCCCCACAAGAUCCACUAUGUGGCUGCCAGCCUUAUCCCACCCGAGGCUAUCGAGCGGAGCCUCAAGGCCAUCCGCCCCUACCACGCCCUGCUGUUGCUCAGUGAUGAAAAGGCCCUGCUGGCUGAGUUGCCCGUGGACUGCUCCCCGGCCCUGGUGCGUGUGAUCAAGACCAGCACAGCCGUGAAGAACCUACAGCAGCUGGCUCAGGAUGCCGACCUGGCACUGUUGCAGGUGUUCCAGCUUGCAGCCCACCUAGUAUACUGGGGCAAGGCCAUCAUCGUCUACCCGCUGUGUGAGAGCAACAUCUACAUGCUGUCACCUGACGCCAGUGUGUGUCUGUACUCCCCGCUGGCUGACCAGUUCAGCCGUCAGUUCCCGUCACAUGACCUGCCGUCUGUCCUGGCCAAGUUCUCUUUGCCUGUCUCCUUGUCUGAGUUCAGGAGCCCCCUGGCACCCCCAGUACCAGAGACGCAGCUCAUCCAGAUGGUGGUGUGGCUGCUGCAGCACCGGCUACUCGUCCAGCUGCACACCUACGUUUGCCUGAUGGCCGCGCCCCGUGAGGAGGAGGCCCAGACCCGUGAGGAUGACCUGCCCCUGCCCGCCCGUGUCGGUGGCCGCAGCCUCAGCACGCCCAAUGCCCUCAGCUUUGGAUCCCCAACCAGCAGCGAUGACAUGACCCUCACCAGCCCCAGCAUGGACAACUCCAGUGCCGAGCUCCUCCCAGGUGGGGACUCGCCACUCAACAAGAGAAUGACAGAGAACCUGCUGGCCAGUCUGUCGGAGCACGAGCGUGAGGCCAUCCUCAGCGUGCCCGCCGCCCAGAACCCGGAGGACCUGCGUAUGUUUGCCAGGCUCCUACACUACUUCCGAGGUCGUCAUCACCUGGAGGAGAUCAUGUACAACGAGAACACGCGGCGCUCCCAGCUGCUCAUGCUCUUCGACAAGUUCCGGAGCGUGCUGGUGGUCACCACCCACGAGGACCCGGUCAUCGCUGUCUUCCAGGCUUUGCUGCAGUGAGCC